GUAUGUGGAACACACACCUGGGCUAUCCUGUUGUUAUACAAAGAAGUCAGCGAGUGUGUUCUUACUCUUGUGACAAAACUCUCCUUCUCAGCACGCAACUACGUCGAGGCUGUGGAUUUCGUGAGAUCUGCACAGAAACGUUGCGAUCAUCUGUAGUUUUAGUAAUAAAGCAGUUAGGAUGGCGAUGCUAGGAGUACCACUGCUCAUAUUGGCUGUCGUUACACUGGUGCUGAUGAUUACGGCUCACGUUGUACCAGAGUGGUUUGUCCUGGACGUGAACUCUCCGGAACUCAGCUUCGUCCAGCGGGUGGACACUGGACUGUGGAAAAUAUGCCAGAUGGGGACGUUUUUACCAGAAAGGAUUUGUCUAGACUACAUUUCGGACUCUGGAAUCGAAAACUUGUCAAACACAUUGCGCUCCGCUAUGGCGUUUGGCCUUCUUGCCACGAUCCUUGCUGGCAUGGGCCUAAUCCUGUCCAUCGCAAUGGAGAUGAAAGGCACUCUUCGGACAGUACUGGUAGUGGUACUAGGUCCUCGCAUACUCUUUGCUGUGUCAGGACUAUUCAUGAUUGUGUCUGCCAGCACCUUUAUCGGGUUUGUCAAGCAGCAGGAGUUUGACAAAGUUCCCUUUACGAAGUACGGUGCAUCCUUCAUCAUCGCUUGGGUGACGGUCGCAACAUCCCUGGCAUCCGCGCUCCUCGCUCAUCUGCACCAUUCCGAACAGCAGGCGCCAGCGGAAGGGCUGCCGCAACCAAUCUGAACAUGCAGUGAAACUGAUAAUUCGUGCACUCAAUGGAGACUACCGGACAUGCUUCGCGCUAAGCAAGUUAACCAACAGAGUGCGUACUAAGCGACUUCCACAAUAUUUUUGAUUUGCUUAUUCUCCACCAUAUUACAGGUCAGAUACUGGCACGUGUACAUGUAGAUACGGCAAAAUUCACUCAGUACAUGCAUGUACAUGUACAUGUUAAAAAAAAAAUCAACGUUUCGUUCAUAAUAAUAUACAUGUGCUGCGUCCUCGUCUCUCUUUCUAAUUACUGAGAUCCAGUAUUCUUUGUAUCCGUGGUGUUCGUUCUCGUCGGGGUUUCCCCGUCCAACGUUUUGUGGAUAGUUCCGUCGUGGUGGCUGAGUCUCGCCUGGUUACGUAAUUUUCUGAUCUUCUAUACUGUGUUUACUUGUUCAUCAAGUUUUUCUUUUUUUUCUUUUUGAUUUUUGUGAAUGAUAGCCGACUAGACCCUUCUGCACACAACCAUCACCAUUGCGAGGACACUUCCGUGGACGAUAUUGAUAAACUCAUUCAGACAGCUGUUUCGCUAA